GCGGAGAUUUACGUCAAAUACAAACAAAAUCGAUAUUCGAUAGCCCCCUUAAACCGAUUUCGAUACCUGAAAUAUCAGGAAAAUCAGGCAAGAUUCAGUUCGUUUACGUUUACAACGGUACCGCGCCCCACGCCGCCUCCUCCUACCGCACCGCCGUCGCCCCCUUUGCGCCCUACGCGGCCGAGCGGACCACCCAUCACCCACUCCCACCCCCUGACCUUCAGGAGCAGCUGCCCUCCGAUACCGAGCAGCUAGCCGGAACGGAUCAGGAUCAAGAGGAAGAGGAGGAAUCCGAGGAGGAGCGCGCAGGUAGCGGACCCUCGAUCAAACCGCUCAUCGGAACAGCAACAACAACAACACCGGAAGCGGUACAAAAGGCAGCGGCGUCGGCGUCAAAAGGAGCAAAAGAGACGGAAACAAUGGCGGUGGUGCGCAAGAAACAGGACGAUAAAUACCUGCUCGCCCUGCGGGAGUUGGUGGCCAGCGGAUCGGGUGGCAAUCGCCAGUGCUUCGAUUGCGGACAGAAGGGACCAACCUACGUGAACAUGACCAUCGGCUCCUUUGUCUGCACCCGCUGCUCCGGAGUCCUACGCGGCUUAACGCCACCACAUCGGGUGAAAUCCAUAUCGAUGGCCACAUUCACACAGGACGAGAUCGACUUCCUGCGCACCCAUGGCAACGAGCUGUGUGCGAAAACCUGGCUGGGAUUGUGGGAUCCCAAGCGUGCUGUGCACCAGCAGGAACAGCGUGAGCUGAUGAUGGACAAGUACGAACGCAAGCGGUACUAUCUGGAGCCGGCCAGUCCGCUUAAGUCGCUGGCCAAUGCGGUAAACCUGAACAAGUCUGCUCCGAUGACAACGACAAAUCACAUUCAGAAUGGUGUCCACCAUAGCAAUAAUGGCUAUGCCAGCAUUCAUUUGACACCGCCUGCUGCCCAGCGAACAUCGGCCAAUGGCUUGCAAAAGUUGGCUAACUCAUCGUCCUCUGGAAAUUCCUCCUCUUCAAUCAGUCGGCCACAUCAUCAUCAUCAUCAUCAUCAGCAACAGCAGCAGCAGCAGCAGAAUAGCCAAAAUAACAAUCACGAUGCAUUUGGUCUGGGUGGAGGGCUGAGCAGCCUUAACAGUGCAGGUUCCACAUCCACGGGAGCUCUUUCGGACACCAGCAGUUGCGCCAGCAAUGGCUUCGGUGCGGAUUCCGAUUUUGUGGCUGACUUUGGCUCGGCCAACAUUUUCGAUGCCACGUCUGCACGGUCGUCAGGAUCGCCGGCCGUGUCCUCCGUCUCCUCGGUGGGAUCCAGCAAUGGCUAUGCCAAGGUGCAGCCACUCCGGGCAGCUCAUCUCCAGCAGCAACAGCAACAACAACUGCAGCAACAGCAGCAGCAGCAGCAUCUUCUCAAUGGCAAUGGUCAUCAUCAUCAUCAUCAGAACACUGAGAACUUUGCCGACUUUGAUCACGCACCCAUCUUCAAUGCAGUGGCUCCAACAACCACGAUUCACGAUUGGAUCAGCGACUGGAGCAGGCGGGGCUUUCACGAUCCCUUUGACGAUUGCGAUGAACCUCCUCCGGGCUCUGCUCAAGUCUCAGUUCAAGUUCCCGCCGUUUCCGCAGUAUCAUCACCACUGCCAACCGUCCAAGAAGAACCAGAGCUGGCGUGGAAUUUCUGGCAGGAGGAGAUGCGAAUAGAGGUGCAGGUGCAGGAGCAGGAGCAGGAAAUCGAACAGCAGCAGCAGCAGCACUUUUUCCAUAGCACUCCGCCACUUUCGCCCACAAAUCCCUUUCUGACUUACCUGCAGAAUGAGAGUGCUCCAGAGAAGCCCUCCUCGAAUUCGUAUUUCUUGUUCAGCUCCAUCUCAAACAGUUCCCAAGAAGAUCAGACAGAUGAUCAAGAGAUGAAUAUUUUAAAUGCCAAUUUCCAUGAUUUCUUUACGUGGAGUGCACCCUUGCAGAAUGGCCAUGCGACGAGUCCUCCCAAAAGUGGAAGUGCAGCCAUGGCUCCCAGCGAGGAUCGAUAUGCUGCCCUCAAGGAUCUUGAUGAGCAGCUCAGGGAGCUGAAGGCCAGCGAAAGCGUCACAGAGGCACCCACGCCCACCAAUGGCAAUGGCCAGGAUGCAAAUGCCUUUGCUGGCGCCCUCAACAACAAUCCAAAUCCAAAUCCCUUCAAGAGCCAGCAGCAGCAGCAGCAGCAGCUUAGCAGCCAUGUGGUGAAUCCAUUCCAGCAGCAACAGCAGCAUCAGAAUCUCUAUGGCCAGUUGACGCUCAUACCAAAUGCCUAUGGCAGCAGUCCCCAGCAGCAGAUGGGGCAGCAUCUUCUCCAUCAGCAGCACCACCAACAGCAGAGCUUCUUCAACUUCAACAACAACAACGGGUUUGCCAUCUCGCAAGGGUUGCCCAACGGCUGCGGCUUUGGCAGCAUGCAACCAGCUCCGGUGAUGGCCAACAAUCCCUUUGCAGCCAGCGGCGCCAUGAACACCAACAAUCCAUUCUUAUGAGACUCAACCGGGGAUAUUAAGCGGCACUGAGCCAGCGAACAAAGAAGAGCAGAAAAAGUGGAGAAGCUGCGGAAGUGAACCGAAAUUAGUCCAUUUUACGAACACUAGCGUUAAUCUAUAUUAUACAUAAUCCACGCCGGAGAGCACUCUCUGUGUACAUAGCUCAAAUAUGUAUACCCCGAAGGCUCCGCGCUGACGCUAAUCCUGGAGGUCGUAGCACUCAGCGCUUUUUUGAGGCGUAUAAUAUAUUCUUUUACAUGGUAACUCUACUCUAACGUUUACGGAUACGGAAACGCAAAUUUGUAUUUGCCGUUUGCCCCUAGAACUUUCUACUUGUACUAAGCGCCUGCCCAUAAAACACAUCAUCCACUAACUAACAUAGAUACUAAUACUAAUCCUGAUACUAAUCCUAAUCCUAAUCCUAAUCCUAGUGGAGGAUGCAGUUGACCCAGAUUCUCUCUGUUAUAUGUUGUGUCUGUCCUCCUCUCGUAUUUGUCUUUGUCCCCAUUUAGCACUUUCUUUUGCGGAUAGGAACUCUGUCAGUUAUUGAUUGUGUGGCCUUAAUAAGAUUAUAAAACUAUAUAUAUAUAUAUAUAUAUAUAUACGGAUACAGAUACAGAUGCAGAUACAGAUAUAUACAAAUAUGCUUUUGUACCUAAUGAAUUGCUUCUUGUUUUCUUUGCUAAAUCGUCUGCGUUUUCCGUGUGCUAAUUUUAUAUUUUAGUACGUGCGAUAUGGGGCGUGCAGAUAGAUAUAGAUUGCUCAACUCGCGAGUCAAACCUUUUUUGUUGCACCCACGAUGGCACUCAGACAUUUGUACAUAUUCUGUCUGAUUGUAAGCCCCGUGUAAUGCCUCCAUUAACACCAGUUGUCCCAACCAACCGAACAAACCGAACCAUCCCAUCCAUCGAACCGAAUCCAUGACUCAAUUCAGUGCUCACAUGUCCAUGUCCAGAUAAGAAGCAAGAAUUUUUCCAUUUUUAGCCUUAACGUGUCAAACAUUAUCGAAGCCUUAAAGUUAUUUAAACUACGAAAAUUUCAAUAAAAAAAAAACAAAUAAGAACGCUAAA